UACAGGGACAUCAGAACACACAUUUUUAAAUUGUGUUGUUUUUUUUUCUUCUUCUUCUUCUUCUUCAAAUGCUUUUUAAAUGGAAAAGAACACGUGCUUUCGCUGCCUUGUCGGAGUUUGUGGUUUGGCGAAUUCUCACAUGAUCUUUGAGGGUAAGCGAGAGAAGAGAUGUUUCUCGUGAGUGGGAGAAGCAAGUUUUUUUUUUUUUUUUUUUUUUUUAAAUCUUCAACAAGGGAAACCACCAUCAAACACAGACACUCUGAGUGUCACACAGCAAGCAGCUCUCAGUCAAAAUGACUGCCACCGGCGGCCAAGGGCUUCUACCAGCAGUGAUAACACAAAUCAUCGAUAUAAAGAAUGCAGAAAACUCCACAUCCAUGGAGGAUUUGGAUUACUCAUUUCCCUCCCAGGAUUACUCCGACUUUCCUGUGGUCUGCAACAAGGAGUCAAACCGGCAGUUUCGUCGUUGGUUUAUACCCGUCUUCUACACCAUCAUCUGCUUGCUGGGGGUGGCUGGGAACCUGCUGGUCAUCGCCACCGUCUUCUACUUCAAGCGCCUCAAGAACAUGACGGAUGUCUACCUGCUCAACCUGUCCUUCGCCGACUUGCUCUUCGCCCUCUCGCUCCCCUUCUGGGCGGGGAACUCCAUGGCGGAGUGGGUGCUGGGGCUGUUUGUGUGCAAAGCCAUGCACAGCAUCUACAAGGUCAGCUUCUACAGCAGCAUGUUCUUCCUCUCGCUCAUCAGCGUCGACCGCUACUUCGCCAUCGCCAGGGCCGUCUCCACCCACGGCCUCCGCUCGAAGGCCGUCUUCGUGAGCAAGGUGUCGUCCACUCUCAGCUGGGUUUUGGCGCUGAUCUGCUCCCUGCCAGAAAUGCUGUACACCAACAUCAGCAACAACACCUGCUCUCCGUUCUCCACCACCAACGACCAGCUCCGGGUGGGCUUCCAGGCCAGCCAGAUCGUCUUGGGUUUCUGUUUCCCGCUCCUGUUCAUGAGCUUCUGUUACACCUGCAUCAUCCGGACGCUCUGCCAUGCUCGUGGCUUCGAGCGCAACAAGGCCAUCAAGGUGAUUCUGGCGGUGGUUGUCGUCUUCCUGGUCUCCCAGGUGCCUUACAACAUCGUCCUCUUCUGGACCACGGUCGUCAUAGGAUCCGGAGGAACAAAGAUCUGCAGCUACGACAAUAGCCUCUUGUUUGCCACCGACAUCACGCAGUACGUUGCCUUCCUGAGGUGCUGCCUGAACCCCUUCGUCUACGCCUUCAUCGGCACCAAGUUUCGUCUUGACGUGCUGAAGCUGCUGAAGGACUUUGGCUGCAUGAGCCAGGAGAGGUUCUACAGGUACACCUGCGGUCGGAGGAGGAGCUCAGCCGGCCUCGACACAGAGACCACCACCUCCUUCGCUCCUAAGUUUACCCUGCCCUCAUCCAAAGACCUCGCGAUGGACUAAAUACAAACUGUUUUCUCGUCGAAGCGUAUCAGCUUGCUGUGUACAUAGCAGAAGUUAUAUAAUUGCAGGUUGUGUGAGUUAUGUUGCCUUUUGGCUUUUCUUUGUUCAGGGUUUUGUCUGGACAAACCACAUUUGAAAA